GCGGCGGCGGCGGCGGCGGCAGCGACGUGGAGGUCCGGAGGCGGCUGGCCAUGUACUAGGCCUCGCUCCGGGCCGGCCGGCAGGGAGGGACCGACCCGCAGUUUAUGUUGAGUGGUGAUUUUAUGCAAUGGCUUCAAGCCACAGUUCUUCACCAGUGCCUCAAGCAAGCAGCAGUGAUGCUUUCUUUAAGAAGGAGGUGGAUUCUUCUAAACAUAUUAGGCCUGUGCAGUCACUGCCAGAUGUGUGUCCCAAGGAACCUAGAGGCGAUCCUAAUAGUUUAUGUGAUGCCCCAUCCCUAGUUGCAGAUCAACGUAGGUGGACUAUUUAUCAUUCCAAAGUAAAUCUCCCAGCAGCAUUAAAUGAUCCUAGAUUAGCAAAAAGGGAGUCUGAUUUCUUCACAAAAACAUGGGGAUUGGAUUUUGUGGACACCGAAGUCAUGCCUUCAUUCUACCUCCCACAAAUAAGCAAGGAACAUUUUGUUGUAUAUCAACAAGAAAUCUCUCAGAGAGAGAAAAUUCACGAGAGAUGCAAGAGUAUAUGUCCUCCUAAAGACACCUUUGACAGGACUCUUUUACAUAUUCAUGAUAAAUCCAGGACAGAUCUGGAACAAGUACCUAAGAUUUUUAUGAAACCAGAUUUUGCCUUGGAAGAUUCCUUAACGUUUAAUGCAGUUUUACCAUGGUCUCAUUUUAACACUGCUGGAGGAAAGGGAAACCGUGAUACGGCUUCCUCAAAGUUACUUCAAGAAAAGCUGAGCCAUUAUCUGGAUAUUGUGGAAGUAAACAUUGCUCAUCAGAUCUCUCUCCGAUCAGAAGCAUUUUUUCAUGCAAUGACUUCUCAGCAUGAAUUGCAGGACUACCUCAAGAAAACCUCCCAGGCUGUAAAAAUGCUUCGAGAUAAAAUUGCACAGAUCGAUAAAGUAAUGUGUGAAGGACCGCUCCGCAUUUUAAGACUGGCUCUUACCAGGAAUAACUGUGUCAAAGUGUACAAUAAACUGAAGUUAAUGGCCACUGUACACCAGACUCAACCGACAGUGCAGGUGUUGUUGUCCACAUCCGAAUUUGUUGGGGCAUUGGAUUUAAUAGCCACAACACAAGAGGUUCUACAGCAGGAACUUCAGGGCAUUCACAGUUUCCGGCACCUGGGAUCACAACUUUGUGAAUUAGAAAAAUUGAUAGACAAGAUGAUGAUUGCAGAAUUUUCUACUUAUGCACAUAGUGACUUAAACAGGCCCUUAGAAGAUGACUGCCAAACUUUAGAAGAGGAAAGAUUAAUAUCACUUGUAUUUGGACUUUUAAAGCAAAGAAAACUCAAUUUUUUAGAAAUAUAUGGUGAAGAAAUGAUUAUUACAGCCAAGAAUAUCAUUAAGCAGUGUGUGAUUAAUACAGUUUCGCAGAUAGAAGAAAUAGACACAGAAGUUGUCGUAAAACUUGCUGAUCAGAUGAGAAUGAUGAAUUUUCCUCAGUGGUUUGAUCUACUAAAUAAUAUUUUCUCAAGGUUGAUAGUCUUCCUCCAGAGGGUUAAGGCAACGUUAAAUGUUGUCCGUAGCGUUGUUCUGUCAGUGCUUGACAAAAACCAAAGGACUAGAGAACUGGAGGAGACUUCCCAACAGAACAAUGCCAGAAAAGACAACUCCGUGGACACGGAAGUGGCCUACCUAACCCAUGAAGGCAUGUUUAUUAGCGAUGCAUUUAAUGAGGGUGAAAAAGUCCCGCCUGUGGCUGCUGACACUACCUCCCAAAGAAAUGCAUCUCCAAACAGUGAGCCCUGCAGCAGUGAUUCGGUAUCCGAACCAGAAUGUACUACUGAUUCUUCAUCCAGCAAAGAGCACGCAACAUCUUCUCUUACACCAGGAGGAGUGGACUUGAUGUUCAGUGAGGACGUGAAGCUGACUGACUUAGAAUUGGGGAAGCUGGCUAAUGGUAUUCAAGAGUUACUAUAUAGUGCCUCAGACAUCUGCCAUGAUCGGGCGGUCAAAUUUCUAAUGGCGAGAGCAAAGGAUGGCUUUCUGGAGAAAUUGAACUCCACUGAAUUUGUCGCCCUUUCUCGAUUAAUGGAAACAUUUAUCUUAGACACUGAUCAGAUUUGUGGAAGAAAAAGCAUGUCAUUACGUGGGGCCCUUCAGAGCCAAGCUAAUAAAUUUGUAAAUAGGUUCCAUGAAGAAAGGAAAACAAAACUCAGUCUCCUGCUAGAUAAUGAACGUUGGAAACAAGCUGAUGUGCCCGCUGAGUUUCAGGAUCUUGUUGAUUCCAUAACAGAUGGCAAAAUUACUUUACCUGAAAAAAAGCCAGGAACUUCAGAAGAAAGAAAGCCAACAGAUUUCCUUGUCGUGGAGGGCCAACAGUAUGCUGUUGUUGGAACAGUGUUGUUGUUAAUAAGAAUUAUCCUUGAAUACUGCCAGUGUGUGGAUAACAUCCCUUCAGUUACAACUGACAUGCUUACUCGUCUGUCUGAUUUACUAAAGUACUUCAACUCAAGAAGUUGCCAAUUAGUUCUUGGAGCAGGGGCCCUGCAAGUUGUUGGCUUGAAAACAAUAACUACAAAAAACUUGGCUCUUUCCUCGCGCUGCUUGCAGUUAAUUGUGCACUACAUUCCUACUAUCCGGGCUCAUUUUGAAGCUCGACUGCAACCUAAGCAGUAUAGCAUGCUCAGGCAUUUUGAUCACAUUACUAAGGACUACCAUGACCAUAUAGCUGAAAUCUCAGCAAAACUUGUAGCGAUAAUGGAUAGCUUAUUUGACAAGCUGAUAUCUAAGUAUGAAGUGAAAGCUCCUGUUCCUUCCACGUGCUUCAGAAAUAUUUGUAAGCAAAUGGCAAAAAUGCAUGAAGCUAUAUAUGAUCUCCUUCCAGAGGAACAAACCCAGAUGUUAUUUUUAAGAAUUAAUGCAAGCUACAAACUCCAUUUGAAGAGACAGCUGGCUCAUUUAAAUGUAGUCAAUGAUGGAGGACCUCAAAAUGGGUUGGUAACAGCAGAUGUAGCUUUUUACACUGGAAACCUUCAGGCCUUGAAAGGCCUUAGCAAUCUGGACCUAAAUAUGGCUGAGAUUUGGGAACAGAAGAGGUGAUGAUGACUAAACAACUGUGCAAGCUGUCUAGACCACAGGAUGCCUGUGUGUGAAAGAGACAUGAUGGCCGGGACUCCGACUAUUCAAAGAUGAGCCCAGAAAUGUAUGUUGGGGUUAGGGGAGGGGAAGUAUCAGUGUUGGAAAACUAGCUGCAGUGGGCUGGGCGAGGAGAGCCCUUCCAGGAAGGACCAUCCUUCAGUGGGGAAUGACUGAUCAAGUGUCUCCAACCAUUUUCAUUUUCUCUGGAAACAGACUCAGGUUUCUUUGGACCAAAUCCAAAAGAACACAUAGCUGUAACACAGCUGUAGUUGACUAGAAUGCUCUGUAUUACUUUAUUAAAAAUGCUUUGCAUUUCCUCUAGUGCAAUGAAAUUCAUAUGGUGUCCCACCUUAUUUAAUGAUGGUACAAUGGAAAAUAUUAAAACUUUGGGAGUCAUCUCUCCAGACAAUGUUUUCUCUGACAGUGAUGCUGUUUGAAAAAUUAUUUUUUUACAGAUCUUUCUAUAAAGAAAAAUAAAUGUUUUGAUUGCUUGGA